ACCAAACACCUCAUGUCCGCCUCCCCUCUGCCUACGCGACUUCGCCCACAGGCCACAGCCCAUCGCCUCCCCUCUGCCUUCGCUGAGUGACCGCCGAAGACCGCCGACGUCCACUGCUGCUGUCGACCGCCGACUGUCUCCCCUCCGCCUUCGGCCUUCUCCCAGCGCUUCCUCUCUGCCGACGCCUGAUUAGUUUCAAUCCUGAUUUCGACUUCGAGCUCGAGCUCGAGCAUCAAUGGCCAAACUCGAGCUCGAGCAGCUCAUUUCUUAAAUGGCUCGAGCUCGGCUCGGCUCGUUUGCACCCCAAGUCUUGUCCAAUUAUUUCUUCUAUGGUUCUGUUUCGUGUGCUUGUGACAAGUAAGAAAGGAAUUUGGUAACAGGUUUGUGUUACUGCGUCUUAGACUGGAUUGAGGUUCAAUAUGGUGAGCGAGAGUGGUAAACAAAGAAACCAACUGCUAGAAAAUGUGUGUUGUUUGCUCCGGAAGUGCAUUUUUUCAGUACUUUCUGUUGGUCCUAUUCCUAGCCAUAUUGCAUUUAUAAUGGAUGGAAAUCGAAGAUAUGCUAAGAAGCAGACUUUGGAAGAGGGGCAUGGGCAUAGGGCUGGUUUUUCUGCUCUUAUGAAUAUGCUAAAAUAUUGUUAUGAGCUCGGUGUGAAGUACAUAACUGUUUAUGCCUUUAGUAUUGAAAACUUCAAAAGGCGCCCUGAAGAAGUUGGAUCCCUCAUGCGCUUGAUGCAGGAAAAGAUUGAAGAGAUGAUUAAAGAGCAAAGCAUAGUGAACCGCUAUGGGAUUCGAGUUUACUUUCAGGGGAACUUAAAACUUUUGAGUGACCCUGUUAGGUCAGCAGCAGAGAGGGCUAUGGCGGCAACCGCAGGUAACUCAAAUGCCACUCUAUCAAUCUGUGUUGCCUACACAUCAACGGAUGAGAUUGUACAUGCUGUUGAGCAAUCAUGUGAAGAAAAAUGGAAGGAAAUCAGUGAAAAAAAUCAAAAUUCUGCCCAAAAUGAUAUAACAGAACAUUUGAAUGGAAAUGAUAAGAUUGAGAACCUUAUUGGGUCAAGAGAUAUUGAUAGACAUAUGUAUAUGGCUGUUGUUCCCAAUCCUGAUAUCAUAAUACGUACCUCUGGGGAAACUCGCUUAAGCAAUUUCCUACUAUGGCAGAGUGCAAAGUGUCUUCUUUACUCGCCCACCGCCCUUUGGCCAGAAAUAGGUUUCAGGCAUUUGGUUUGGGCAGUUUUGGAUUUCCAAAGGAACUACUCCUACCUUAAGGGGAAAGAGAAGGAAACAUAAAAUUUUUAGGGGUCAUAGUCAUUGUGGCAUGAGAUUUCCUCUACAAAGAUGCAAAUACAAUACGGGUUGGGACUUGUUUUUGGUGAUCUCGCCCUUGGGUGAAGACGAUGAUGAUAGAUACAUUCGCACAGAACUGGAUGUAAGUAUAAGCUAUCUGGAGUACUUACUGUUCUAUAGCCAAUCAUUAUAUGCAUCUCCCACUAUAUCUAAACAUAGACUGUGUUGUAUCAAUAUGCAUUUCAUCCCUGCUUACACUUAGAUUGCCUGUCCAGCAUUCUGUUUAUCUGCCUCGUGGCCUCUGAACUCCAUGGUUUAGUACUUCUUCUGGAGCUGGAGAUAUUUCAUCAGAUUUUGUGAGUUUUUUUGUAUGUUAAAAGUAAUCUAUGCUCUUUUUUUGAAUUGACUUGAGCUGUAAACUAUAUUUUGGAAAAAAAAAUUGGCAUC